UUUUCGACAUUUUUUUCUUCUCCUUCGCGCCCUCUCUCACCCGCCCUCUCUCACUCACUCACUCUCUCUCUCUAAUCGGCUGGCUCUCGCUAUGGCGCGCUGGCUCGGUCGCUCGCCUCGUUGGCCUGGGAGAGAGGUGUUCAACGGGGGGGUCGUGGGGAGCUUCCAGGCCGCCACUAGCCCGUUACGGCAUGCUUCCAUCGGUGGGGAAACAAGAGGGGGCCCAAGCUCCUCCACCAGGAAGCAAGCAAGCAAGCAAGCAAGCAUCCAAGCCGCGCCUGCCCCCCCCCCUCCCCUGCCCGUCGAUGCUCUUGCCCUGCUCUGCUCCUUCCCCCCUCCUCUUGCGCAGGCUUAGGCAGGCUUAAGCAGGCUUGAUCGCAAUUGCUGUUUUGAACGCACGUUAUUGUCAUCAUCGUCAUCAUCAUCAUCAUCAGCAUCGUCGGUCAGUCAGUCAGUCAAUGGGUGAAUGGAUGAUUGUUGUCGUGGCAUGGUCAACACAUUUGCAUUCGUUUGCUGUUCCCUCGUGUGUGCGUGCUGCAUCAUCAUGUCCGCUCAGCGCUCGGCAUGUAUG